AUGCAAAGACACGAUUUUGCAAAACAGGAAAGAGAUCCUGCUCAGAUGGUUGAGUGCUGGACAUUGUGCAAACACGUCGGUCAAACUGAAGACGUGUCCGUUGCUGAGUCCAUAGUUGGAGUGCACCACGAGAUCGUUGAUCAGACGAGGGAGAUCGGGUCUCACCACAAUGACUUUUCUCAGUUGAUCCUGUCCCAGUUUGUCGUUGAUACAAGCGAGAGCGACAACGUUCAAGUACAGCGGAUCCAAAAGCAUUGGGCCGCGGAAAUUGGACUCGAUCGCAGCGACGGUGAUGUCCAGCAGUUUCUGGUCGAUCUGCGAUAUCAAUUGGUACAUUUCCGGGUAGUUAUCGUACUCUUUUCUGGAGUCGACAGAAAGCAAGCAUCCGACGGCUAUUGGAAGAGAUUUCCAGGAAUUUGCAGGAUCCAACGCUUCUGA